AUGGCUGGGAAACGCAAAGAAAGGGAUUUAAUUGCCCCGGACAUCACGGAGGAUGCGGCAGAGCGGAAACGAGUGUUGAAUGUACUUGCCCAAAGACGAUACCGACAAAGAAGAAAAGAUCGAAUACAAGCCCUGGAAGCGCAACUAAAAAGCGUUGGUCCGCAUAAUGAAGAAAUAACUGCCCCGGAACCCGAGCAAGGUAGAGGUGGCACAGGUCUCCCGACAGAUGUUUUAUCUCCCUUCUCGACUCCAGUUACCUUGGGUGAGAGUGAUAUUAUAGCCUCAGAUUACGAAGAUGAAGGAAUAACAACCUCAGCGGGCGCUGAGUCCUGUCCUGCUGGUGUUUAA